GUGUUUACUGGCAGGUAUUUGCAAUCAAUAUAUGGAAAAUGAAUUUAUCUUUAUUGGCUUUAGAAGAGGUUAAAAGUUUGGAUGAUCAUGUAAUCUUUCUAGGCGAAACUACAGUAUUGUCUUACUCGGCCGCAGAGUUGGGUUACACAAAGGGUUGUGUCUAUUUUACACAAUCGGAUGAAAAGAGCUUGUACAAAUAUGAAGUAGAUGAUAAAAGUUUGUUUCUAUCUUUACCAUGUCCUGAUGUUCCAUCGCCGUGGUUCUCGUCAAAUUGGGUGAUGAUUCCUUCAACUUUAAGGAUCGUUUACUCAAUACAAAAAACACAGUAUAUAAAGUGCAAGAAGGAUGAGGAAGAUAGCAGUAGGAAUGCAAAGGAAAGUAAGAUAGAUGUCAAGAUUGAAGAGGCUGAUCUGAUACAGAAACUAAAUGGAUGUGCAUUGAAGGAGGCAAGGGCUUGGGGUAAUGUUCUUCCUAAUGAUAUCAUAUGUUUAUUAGGGAGCUAUCUUCAUACAUUGGCGUGCAGUCAGUAAAAGUCAUCGGUCUAUAAUUCCUAAAGAGAAUGGAAACAGAUUCUCUUAUAAUAGGAAUAUUUGGACCGGUUUAUCUCCAUGGCUGGUUUUCUGCGAUGAUAAUCUAGCUGCUUACAAGAAGUACCUAAUGAACA